AUGGCCGACUACGAAGAUGCAUACGACGAAGAGUACUACGAUGAUAUGGAGGAGGGGAUCACGUCGGAGGAUUGCUGGACGGUUAUCUCAUCUUUCUUCGACACCAAGGGUCUAGUGUCGCAGCAGCUGGACUCCUACGAUGAAUUCGUCUCGUCGACAAUGCAGGAACUGGUGGAGGAACAGGGCCAAGUGACGCUCGAUCAAACGCUUCCGCCAGACGAAGAUGAAGUCGACCCCAUUGUCAUCCGGCGAUACGAGCUCAAAUUCGGAGGCAUCAUGUUAGCUCGGCCCUCUGUGAUUGAAGGAGAUGGCGUUAGCAAUCUUCUCCUGCCAUCCGAAGCCCGUCUACGAAACCUUACCUACGCCUGUCCUCUUUUCCUCGAUAUUUCCAAGCGUAUCAUGGAAGGGCGUGAGCGUUUAGUCGCCGACCGGGACGAUGGCGAUAUGGGCGAUUCCACCGAUGAUAAAAAGAAUAAAGGAACUUAUCUUGAUUGGGAGGAUAAGCCGCUUCCUGCGGGUCAAGAGGGGACAGAAGGCAUCUUCAUUGGCAAGCUCCCUAUCAUGCUCAAGUCCAAAUACUGUGUCCUGAAGGACUUGGGCGAGCAGGCGCUCUACGACUGGAACGAGUGUCCGUACGACUCGGGUGGUUAUUUCGUUAUCAACGGUAGUGAAAAGGUUCUGAUCGCCCAAGAGCGAAGUGCUGGAAAUACCGUGCAGGUCUUCAAGAAAGCCCCACCAAGCCCGACGCCUUACGUCGCCGAGAUCCGAAGUGCCGUCGAGAAGGGUUCGCGGCUUCUCUCGCAACUGGCUAUCAAGCUUUUUGCCAAGGGCGACAGUGCGAAGGGAGGAUUUGGACCUACGAUCCGGUCCACCCUCCCCUACGUGAAGACGGAUGUUCCCAUCGUCAUCGUCUUCCGAGCGCUCGGCGUUGUUUCUGACGAGGACAUUCUCAACCACAUCUGCUACGACCGAAACGAUACCCCCAUGCUCGAGAUGCUGAAACCCUGUAUUGAGGAGGGUUUCGUCAUCCAGGACCGUGAGGUGGCUUUGGACUUCAUCGCCAAGCGAGGAUCCUCUCAGUCCAGCAUGAACCACGACCGCCGUAUCCGGUAUGCGCGCGAGAUCAUGCAGAAGGAACUUCUCCCCCAUAUUUCUCAGAACGAAGGCAGUGAGACCCGCAAAGCGUUCUUCUUGGGUUAUAUGGUGCACCGAUUGCUGCAGUGUGCUCUGGGUCGCCGGGAUGUCGAUGAUCGUGAUCACUUCGGAAAGAAGCGUCUGGAUCUUGCCGGUCCCCUUCUGGCCAAUCUGUUCCGUGUGCUCUUUACGAGAGUGACGCGUGAUCUCCAGCGUUAUGUCCAACGAUGCGUGGAGACCAACCGGGAGAUUUAUCUGAACAUCGGUGUCAAGGCCAGCACCUUGACCGGUGGUCUGAAAUACGCCCUUGCCACCGGAAACUGGGGUGAGCAGAAGAAGGCGGCCAGUGCAAAGGCAGGUGUAUCUCAGGUGCUCAGUCGCUACACCUACGCCUCCACGCUUUCUCACCUUCGUCGAACCAACACCCCCAUCGGACGUGACGGAAAGAUCGCCAAACCUCGCCAGCUCCAUAACACCCACUGGGGUCUGGUCUGUCCCGCUGAAACUCCAGAAGGUCAGGCUUGUGGUCUGGUCAAGAACCUUGCCCUCAUGUGCUACAUCACGGUCGGUACGCCCAGCGAGCCGAUCAUCGACUUCAUGAUCCAGCGAAACAUGGAAGUCCUAGAAGAGUUCGAACCCCAGGUCACCCCCAAUGCGACCAAGGUCUUCGUCAACGGAGUCUGGGUCGGUAUUCACCGGGAUCCGGCGCACCUGGUCCACACGAUGCAGGGUUUGCGUCACAAAAACCUGAUCUCCCACGAAGUCAGUCUGAUUCGGGACAUCCGUGAGCGUGAGUUCAAGAUCUUCACCGAUGCCGGGCGUGUCUGUCGGCCGCUUUUCGUUGUCGACAACGACGCCAACAGCGAGAACGUCGGAUCGCUGGUGCUGAAUAAGGAACACAUCCGCCGACUGGAACAGGAUAAAGAACUGUCGCCGGACCUGGACCCCGAAGAGCGUCGUGAGCGCUACUACGGAUGGGAGGGCUUGGUGACCAGCGGUGUUGUCGAGUAUGUGGACGCGGAGGAGGAGGAGACGAUCAUGAUUGUCAUGACGCCAGAGGAUUUGGAGAUAUCCAAGCAGCUUCAGGCCGGUUACGCUCUACCCGAGGAGGAGAACGACCCCAAUAAGCGUGUGCGCUCCGUCCUGAGUCAGAAGGCGCACACGUGGACACACUGCGAGAUUCACCCCAGUAUGAUUCUGGGUGUCUGCGCCAGUAUCAUUCCUUUCCCCGAUCACAACCAGUCCCCUCGUAACACCUACCAGUCUGCAAUGGGUAAACAGGCCAUGGGUGUGUUCCUAACCAACUUCGACCAGCGCAUGGAGACGAUGGCGAAUAUUCUCUACUACCCCCAGAAGCCGUUGGCCACGACGCGGUCCAUGGAGUUCCUGCGGUUCCGUGAACUGCCAGCCGGUCAGAAUGCCAUCGUUGCGAUCUCUUGUUAUUCGGGUUACAACCAGGAAGAUUCCGUGAUCAUGAACCAGAGCAGUAUCGACCGCGGACUGUUCCGCAGUCUGUUCUAUCGUACUUACACGGAUACCGAGAAGAUGGUCGGCUUGACGGUGGUGGAGCGCUUCGAGAAGCCGAUGCGCGCCGACACCAUCGGCAUGCGCAAGGGUACCUACGACAAGAUCGACGACGACGGAAUCAUCGCGCCCGGUGUCCGUGUCUCUGGUGAGGAUAUCAUCAUUGGUAAGACGGCACCCCUAGCUCCCGACGCGGAGGAGCUCGGACAGCGAACCAAGGCCCACACCAAGCUGGACGUGUCGACAGCUCUUCGAAGCACGGAGAGCGGUAUCGUGGAUAAGGUGGUGGUUACGACCAGCAACGACGACUUGACGUUCGUCAAGGUGCGAAUGAGGACGACCAAGAUCCCCCAGAUCGGAGACAAAUUUGCCUCUCGUCACGGACAGAAGGGUACCAUCGGUAUCACCUACCGACAGGAAGACAUGCCGUUCACGCGGGAGGGUCUCAACCCCGACCUGAUCAUCAACCCUCACGCCAUUCCGUCACGUAUGACCAUUGCUCACUUGAUCGAGUGUCAGCUCAGUAAGGUGUCGUCGCUUCGUGGAUUCGAGGGUGACGCCACGCCCUUCACCGACGUGACGGUCGACUCGAUCUCCCGCCUGCUCCGCGAACACGGCUACCAGUCUCGCGGGUUCGAGGUCAUGUACAACGGCCACACGGGACGCAAGAUGGUGGCGCAAGUUUUCCUGGGACCGACCUACUACCAGCGUCUGCGCCACAUGGUCGACGACAAGAUCCACGCACGUGCGCGAGGACCGACCCAGAUCCUGACCCGACAGCCGGUGGAGGGUCGUGCUCGUGACGGUGGUCUGCGAUUCGGAGAGAUGGAGCGCGAUUGUAUGAUAGCGCACGGAGCCAGCUCCUUCCUGAAGGAGCGUCUGUUCGACGUGUCCGACCCGUUCCGCGUUCACAUCUGCGAUGAUUGCGGAUUGAUGACGCCGGUUGCAAAACUGAAGAAGGGCCUCUUCGAGUGCCGACUGUGCAACAACAAGCACCGCAUCUCGCAAGUGCAUAUCCCGUAUGCAGCCAAGCUUUUGUUCCAAGAGCUGGCCUCGAUGAACAUUGCCGCUCGCAUGUUUACCAACCGCUCCGGCGUGUCCGUGCGGACACCCUCUCGGAGGCCAUUGAACACCCGUGACUGGCUGCCGGGAGGUGCUCAUCACAGCGCCAAAUCAGAGGCGGUGGUAGACUGUCACCCGGCCAAUAAUCCUCAUGGGUUACCCGCCGUGACGGCCGGGAGGAGGGCCAGCUUUGACCCUGAUAGGCCCGAUGGGUCACCCGUGGGACCCACCGGAGAUGCAGCUCGGAAUAGCAACGGGCUCGAUUGGUCGACAGGCAUCCUCAGGCCUCACAUACUUCGCGCGGUGACAGCCUCAGGCGCUCUUUAA